AUGUUAGAUAAUCGCAUCGUUAUGUCGGAUACAGCGGCAGUCAAAGAUGCCCUUGGAUAUGGCAACAAAGACGGAGACCACGACGGCAGUGCCGACGAGGUUGCAGAUGUCUCGAUCAGCAGCCCACUUUUAACUAAGGUCGAUAAUUCCUCGCACGCACAGGUCGCGAACUCUGCCAAAUCGUACCACACUGCAGGCGAUACUUACAUUGUAAAAUCUACUCUCGUCAGUGAUUCUCCCCCCAGCCCUGAACCUUCUGUAAUUCCCAUAUCUCCGACGUCAUCGUCGGCACCAUCUACAUCGACACUAUCGACACCAUCGACACCAUCUUCAUUGACACCAUCUUUAUUGACACCUUCCGAGUCAUCUUCGAUCGCCUCCGAUUCCAACGUUACCAUGGCUAACAUUGAGAUCGGAUCACAACAAGCAACGCCUAUUAUCACUGAUAACAAAGACAAAUCCUCUGGGCGUCAAGCACCUCCUAUCGACCCCGAGUCCGUCGAGGAUAAGAUUCGACGCCUUACACCACCAAAAUUCCUUCCGCUGGUCAAUCAGCUUCUACUGGCAAGGUCAAAAGGAAUUGUGAAACCAUCAAGGUCCGACAUUGCUAAUGACUUAGUUCGGGUUGACAAGGAUGUGUACAAGCGCGCGCGCGCAACGAAAUUCGCGGACUAUGCUUCACUAGCGAAAGAAGCUUCUAUAAUCGAGUUUGGUGGGGGGACGACUCGAAGCAACUCAUGGAUAACGCUGCAUUCAAGGUUCAGACAGGAAUUUGAUGCACCAAAGUCAUCAACUCCUUCAACUGAUCAUAGUAACAAUCCCCCUGCACCACAGAAUAAUAUUUCUUGUGUCAAUACUUCAUCCACGGCCCCCACGCCGCCGUCAUGCACCGCAUCGCAGGAGGCCACCAAGCCAGCUCCACUGAGCCCCAGCCCUCCACCAGUUGUGCCGAUCCCGCCUCGCUUCCAGCCACUCAUCACCUGCCUAUCUAAAAUGCACCAGAAUGGGCUGUCGAAGCCCUUUCCUUCAACAGUGGGCCUAGCGAUUGGACCCGAGAUAUAUUCUAAAGCUGGGGCGUCCAGUCUGACAGAAUAUUUCAAUCAAGCAGUGGAUGUUGGUGUGGUGCAAUGCGGAGGAGAUAGUAGUCAUGCGUGGGUGAGCCUCCAUCCUGAUGUGAUGAGUGGCAAGCGCUCUUGCUAGUUUGUUCUGUGCUGUCUCCAGGCGUUACGGAGCUUUAUCUUCACUUUGUAAUUAUCUGUUGUAUAAGUAUGUGUAACUUAGCUAAGACC